AUGUAUCCAUCCUCGACACCACAGAGACAACCAUCUGGCCCUGCAAAUCACCCUGGAUUCAAUACGCAUAAUACGAAUGAUAAUGGGGCUCCACACGUAUGGGGGUGUUCCUCCUACAACAGGAACGAGUUCAGGGGUAGGCAGGAUGAACUUCCUAGCCAGCCUUCACUCCUUGAUGACAGCAGCUCAGAAUUCUCAGACUUCCAUCAAGGCAUCACCUUUUCCCAUGGAUGCCCUAAGAACACUAGCUUCCAUCCAACAACGCCAAUGUAUACAGACUCAAGGGGGGCUCCAUUGCAACAAGGGAGCUUUGAACACCAUGGGAACAUGCCACACUCAGAAUCAGGGCCUCCCUUUGAAGAAUUUCAGUCAAGCUGGCAGCAAAAGAAUUGGACACCAUACCAAUCACAAUUGAUGCCACAUGGACAGACCUCUACUAGUAGAUCUGUGAGUUCCGGUUCACUUCAAUAUGGCACACCGACUCCAGAUAUGGCUGGCAUUCAAAAUGGCAGCUCUGAGUUGAGAGCACUUUCUGAGACUGUGGGCCAGCAAUCAGUAACUAUAGAAAAACUCACGACUCACCUUCAAACUGUUGAGGAAGAGGUUGCUAUUCUCCAUGCAUGGAUGGAAACACAGCAAGAUGAUCGUCUGGAAUCAAGUAGAGGGAGGAGAGCAAUGAAACCUUUGGACACAUGUGAGCCAUUUGAGCAGAUCGACCAGAAGACUUGUGUGUGGCACCCAAACUUCCUUGGCCAAGUAGAUGAUGCCCAGAAUGCCAAAUUCAUACAGGAGGUUGCUCAGUGUAUCUGGGAUGAUGAGACAACUUGGCACCAGCAAACAGGCAAGGGCAAACUUCCUGACAGUGAUUACAGCAGCUCUUCCUCUGACUCUGUUUCAUCAGGAUCAGAUGACGGCACUUGUUCCAAAGUUGGGUGA